CGACUGUGUUUUGAAAAACUGACACUUCCGUAAUUUCAUAGCUACUGUAAACAAUGAAGAGAAUAAUCUUCCGCUUGAUACUACUGUUUCCAGUGAUCGUAGUCUAUGUUGUGGCGCUGAAGACUUUGUUUAGAGAAAUCAAAGUGAGAAUCUGCCGUUCUUCGGAGAGAAGGUCAUCGCCAUUUACAAUUUUUUUCUCCACGUGCUUGUUCGGCUGUUGCGGUCCUGCAGAAAACCAACACUGUUGUCGAUGGGAACCAUUCAGUCUGUUUGGCACGCUGGCGCUAAUAGGUGGAAGCUUUUUAAUCGUGGUAUACUAUGUGUUUAUUGAGAACAUAAGGAUUGUCAACGACGGGAAAAAAAUAGUGAUCUUUAAUUCGAUGGUUUCGUUGUUAAUUAUUUUAGCGUUUUUUCGUUUUUGAUUUUUAAAGAUCUUUUUUUAUCCCCUGAUGCCACCGAAAACAACCUUUACUGAUCGUCUCCCUUUUAAUGCUUAUUUAUACAGUACAUUUGUUCCAUAUUUAGGGAGAUUCGAGUUUUAUUUGAAUUAGAAUUUCUAAUUAUAAAAAAAGAACACGAACUGUUUAAUAUGUUGGAUUAUGUUUGGUGGUUUUUUUUUCGCUACUACUUUGUUUUUAACUUUUUCACAUUUUAUUUGAAAUAAUUUAUAUACACCCAAUAUUUUGGAUUCUAUAUUUUAUGUGGUAUGAUGUGGGCUUGUCUGCAACCCCUGUCCCAGUGCCAAGUUCAAAUUCUUCAUGCGGGCAUCAACCAAAAAAGUGUUUGAAUUAAACUUGACUUCUAUAGCACCGCCUCUCUGUAUGGAUACGACGGUUUUUGAAUAAUUUCUGAAGUUGUAUAAAAGGAACACAUGGGAAAAACAGGUGUUUCGAAAAGUUGCUGAAGGUGUUGCCCUUAUAAACUAUGGACAACAACAUAACUGAAUCCUCGUGCCUAUAAAAGAAGAGCAGUGGGCCUAAAUCGAUUGAACUGGUUAAAAAGCAUGAUCAAAACUAAAAGGAAAACAUAUCAGCACAGGAUUAAUUCAUCUUUUUCGGGUUGAGAGUUAUCUGAAAA